GUAACCGGAAACAGGAACUCUUCUGACGUAGCAAGUGGGAAAUUCAAAUUUUUUAAACAUGUUCGAAUGAAAGAUGCUUUGGCAGUUUUAAUUUUGUAUCACAUUAUAAACAUUUGUAUUCUCAAGUAACAGAGUAACGUAAACUAUUGCCUCUUUUUUAACAUUAUAAGUUUUUGUUUUUUAUUGUUUUGAGAUCGUAUAUCGGCGUUUUAAAGUGAAUCAUUGGAGCACAGCUGGUGUAAGUGUCCUCAGCAUGCCUCAACUUCUCAAGCACUAUGAGGUUUAUGAAACCAUCGGCUCAGGUGGCUUUGCCAAAGUCAAACUUGGUAUACACAUACUGACGGGAGAGAAAGUGGCCAUCAAAAUAAUGGAGAAGAAAGACUUAGGGGAUGAUCUGCCCCGAGUUAAAUUAGAGAUUGAGGCUAUGAAGAACCUCAGUCAUCAACACGUGUGUCGACUCUACCAUGUGAUUGAGACAUCAAGCAAGAUCUACAUGGUGCUUGAGUACUGUCCUGGAGGAGAACUGUUUGAUUACAUCAUUGCUAAAGACCGGUUGUCAGAGGAAGAGACCCGAGUGUUUUUCCGUCAGAUCAUCUCUGCGUUGGCCUAUGUUCAUAGCCAAGGCUAUGCCCACCGAGACCUCAAACCGGAAAACCUGUUGAUCGAUGAAGAUCAUAACCUAAAACUCAUUGACUUCGGCCUUUGUGCCAAACCAAAGGGCGGUUUGGGAUUUGAAUUACUGACCUGUUGUGGCAGUCCAGCGUAUGCAGCUCCAGAGCUCAUUCAGGGCAAGGCUUACAUUGGUUCUGAGGCUGAUGUGUGGAGUAUGGGCAUAUUGCUUUACGCCUUACUGUGUGGUUUUCUUCCAUUUGAUGAUGACAAUUGUAUGGUCCUCUACAGAAAAAUCACAAGAGGCAAAUAUAGCAACCCCCACUGGCUUUCACCUGCUAGCAUUCUGCUUCUAAACCAGAUGAUGCAGGUGGACCCAAAGAGGCGUUUGACUGUGAAACAGUUGCUUGAUCACCCUUGGGUCAUGAAGGGGUACAGCACACCAGUGGAGUGGCACAGUAAACAUCCUUUGGGUCAUAUAGAUGAAGACUGCAUCACUGAAAUGGCAGUGGCUUUUAAACAGUCCAGACAACGAACAAUCCAACUUGUGUCAGAGUGGAAGUAUGAUCAAAUGACUGCCACCUACCUGUUACUGCUGGCUAAAAAGCGUCAAGGCCGCCCUGUGCGUCUGAGAGCAGAAUGCCCCAUGAUUGACCCCAUGUACUCUCCUUUACAGGACAUACAACUGAAGAAGAGUCUACGCUUCAGUGAGGAUGAUGAUGGUGGUGUUCACCCAGUGCUGCCUGGCUCUAUGGUAUUCCCCCCUGAUUGCUACGAUGACGAGAAUCCCUGGACCCCUCUCACGCCCAAGAACACACACACCACAAACACUCCACGCAUGAAGCUCACUUCUGAAACAUCGGAGAAGCGGUGGAAUGAAAUAGGCUACUCCCCCAUCACAGAGCAAGGGAGACCCCGUCAACAGAAGCCGGAGAGACGUGAUAGAACCAGAGAAAAUAAAGAGAAUCUUGCUGUGACAGGCACAGAUGGAGAUGUGUUUGCUCUGCCUGCCCCCCGAACUCCAAUGUGCAGCAGAAAGACCAAAUCCAACAGAAAUGUAGCGACAACACCUAACAACAACAUCACUACCACAAGCAGCGACGCAAAGAAAGGAGUGGGCAGUGCCACUAAAGAAGUGUCCCGCAGGAGAGAAGUGGACCAACAUCAAAGCGGCCAACAAAGAGAACUGGAUAUACUGGCUUUCAGUCCCGAGAGAAGGUCUCGAUCUCUGGACCUGGCUGGCUGUCAGGUGGACAGUGGGCAGAAGCGUAAGGGAGGUAAAGUGUUUGGCAGUCUGGAGAGAGGCCUGGAUAAAGUUAUUACAAUGCUCACACCCAGUAAGAAGAGAGGACCUCGAGAUGGACCACGCAAAAUUAAGGCUCAAUACAACGUGACACUCACCAGUCAGACUAAUGCUGAGCAAGUGCUCAAUCAGAUUCUCAGCAUCCUACCAGAGAAGAACGUGGACUUCGUUCAGAAGGGCUAUACUCUGAAGUGCCACACACAGUCAGACUUUGGAAAGGUGACCAUGCAGUUUGAGCUGGAGGUUUGUAUCCUGCAGAAGCCUGAGGUGGUCGGAAUCCGUCGACAGCGGCUCAAAGGUGACGCCUGGGUAUAUAAACACCUGGUAGAGGACAUCCUGUCCACCUCCAGCAUCUGAUAUCAUUUUGUUUACUUUAAGAGUGACAUCACCUCUCGCCCACCCUGAGUUUAAUGCGGUGGAUGUAGUCUGUUUGUGAUGUCCAUUACAGAAUGCCCUACUUUAUACUUCUUAUGAUGAUAUCCAUCAUUUUUCAUUAUGUGCAAGAGGUGGUACAGUAUUAUUCUGGCUUUGAGAGAAAUGCAAGUAUUUUGUUGUCACUUUACUUUUUAUGACAAAAUUUAGCAAUAAGCAAUACUCAUAUAGCAUUAUGGCAGCAAUUGUAUCUUAUUUGUCUUUUGUUUUUGUGUUUGUCUCCAUGAUGUAAUGUCUAUGUCAGUUUUUAUUUGUUUUGUGUAAAGUUUCUAAUGUUACCCUUUUCUAGAUGUCUGUCAUUUUGUUCAUGUUUGCUUUUGAUAAUGUCAAUCUGACAUGUAAUUAAAUAAAUAUUUUUAACACCCAAGUCUCACUG